UGAGCAUAGUCACUCACUGCUGUUAUUGUUUACCUUCUUCACGCUGGUAACUUGCUUAUUGUAUAUUUAUAUCCCUUUUCUAUCGGACAUGGCCAAGCUCGGGCACUGACUCACUAACAGAGUUAAUGAAGUGCGGAUCCGUAGCUUGUAUUUGGCCGGAUACUCCUCCGUCUCACAAAGUCACCGCCACUGCCUCACUUAACCAUCCGCCGACCUUAUACACCGGCGGUUCCGAUGGCUCCAUUUUCCAGUGGAAUAUCUCUUUCUCCGGUUCCAACUCGGAGAUUAAACCGGUUGCCAUGUUGUGUGGUCAUGCUGCGCCUAUAGCUGAUCUCAGCAUUUGCUAUCCAGUGGUAGUUUCAGGAGAUGAUAAUGAAUCAGAUCAUUCGAUUAAUGGUUCUUCAACCUCAAUCUCUGAUAACCAAGGUGCAUUAUUAAGUGCAUGCUUGGAUGGUGUAUUGUGUGUUUGGAGUAGAGGCAGUGGACACUGCAGACGUCGAAGAAAACUGCCUCCUUGGGUUGGCAGUCCAUCCAUUCUUCAUACAUUGCCUAUGAGCUCUCGAUAUGUAUGUGUAGGCUGUUGUCUUAGUCAGACUACUACUCAUUUAACUGAGCUUCAUUCUAUUGAUUCUCUUGAAGGAUGUGAGGUUUCAAUUGAUAAAGAAUCUCAGCAUAGAAAACCCUCAAAAUGCACUGUGGUUAUUGUUGAUACUUAUAGUCUUACUAUUGUGCAAACUGUUUUUCAUGGGAAUUUAUCAAUUGGGCCAUUAAAAUUUAUGGAUGUAGUUUUGUCAGGUGAGGAUGGGGAAAAAUAUUCUGUUCUUUUGGCUGACUCAUAUGGUGGACUACAGUUGGUUCCAAUAUUAAAAGAUUCUGACCUAGACGGUGAGGAUGGGAGUGACUUGUAUAAGAGUUCUCAGUUGGGAAUUUGUGGAAAUGGGUCUAGCAAAGGGGGACAGGUUGUCUCAAUUUCAACACAUGGGAACCUUAUUGCUCUCAUGUUGAAAAAUCGCUGCAUAUUUGGGCUAUUGUCUAGUGAUACUACAAUUGGGGAGAUUUCCUUUAUGGGAACUCUCCUGUCAGUUGAAGGUAAUUCUACACAAUCAAGUGUAGUUGGAGGCUUCUUUCUUGAAAUUGGUGAUGCCGAAAAAAUACACAAUACUGAGGAAGCCUAUGAACAUUUUCGGGAAUGCUUUGUUGUGUGGGGCAGUGCUGGUUGUGCUGUUGUGUAUAUUAUAUCAUAUUUGAAUGAUGUAUUUAAAUGUGAACCACUUUAUGAGAUUCCUGUUGGUUCUCAUCCUCCUAAUGUUAAACUAUCUGUUUCUUUCAUUCAGUCUAUCAGUUAUCUUGUCCGAAUUGAAUCAGUUUGCUUUGACGCAGAAGAACCUUUACUGUGUAAUCCUCAUCUCACAAUCUGGUCUUUACAUGAAAAACAUGAAAACAAUGGGAAGCUCUCCCGAUGCAAAGUGUUUGCAGGAAAUGAUUUAUUUGCUGAGUGGAUCUCAAGCUUUGGUUCACUCUAUGAAAUCAAUGGUCAUGGUGGCAGGAAGAAGAGAACAUCUUUUUCUCAGAGUUCUAUUUCAUGUUUAGAAAAUGAAAAUAGUGAACAUGCCAUUGGUGAAAGAGAUGAUUUUGUUUAUGAGGGACAAAAUGUGACUUCUUCCAUGAUUAUUUCUGAAAAUCUUUUCUUGCCUUAUGCUGUUGUGUAUGGCUUCUCUAGUGGUGAAAUUGAGGUUGUGCGCUUUGACAUGAUCUUGGGUCUAGAGUCUCAUAGCAGAAGUCCACGCCCUGAUGUGGCUUCACAUGUAUCCAGACAAUAUAUUACAGGCCACACUGGUGCUGUACUUUGUUUGGCAGCACAUCAGAUGUUGGGUGCUGCCAAAGGAUGGACUUUUAGUCAGGUAUUAGUUUCUGGAAGCAUGGACUGCACAAUUCGCAUCUGGGAUCUUGACACCGGCAAUCUCAUAACAGUAAUGCACCAGCAUGUGGCACCAGUGCGCCAAAUAAUCUUUCCCCCUGCCCGGACUGAACGCCCAUGGAGUGAUUGCUUUCUCUCUGUUGGAGAGGAUUUGUGUGUUUCUCUUGUUUCCCUUGAAACUUUGCGGGUAGAGAGAAUGUUUCCUGGACACCCUAGCUAUCCAGAAAAAGUUGUGUGGGAUGGUACAAGAGGGUAUAUUGCAUGUCUUUGCCAGAGCCAUUCAGGGACAUCUAAUAUAGCUGAUGUUUUAUACAUUUGGGACAUAAAGACAGGAGCAAGAGAGCGGGUCCUUCGUGGAACUGCUUCCCAUUCAAUGUUGGAUCAUUUUUGUAAAGGCAUCAGUGCUAAUUCCAUAUCUGGCUCUAUAUUAAAUGGAAAUACUUCAGUCUCUUCAUUACUUCUUCCAAUAUUUGAAGAUGGGGGCUUUUCUCAAUCUCAACAUAAUCAUUUGGAGAGGAAGGUCACAUCAUCAAAUAUGCUUUCAAGUGUGACAAAUAUGUCAGUGCCUACUACUUCUAAAGCACAGGGAAGGAAGGAAAAUUCUGCUUCAAACACGCCAUCUCUCCUACAAAACAAGUAUCCCAUCAAAUGCACUUGUCCAUUCCCUGGGAUUGCUACUCUUACUUUUGACCUUGCAUCAAUGAUGUUUUCUUGUCAGAGGCAUGAAUCUAUAGCAAAUGGAAGUAAUAAACAGGAGAAUAACAAUGUGAAAGAACAGGGAACUAAUAAACUAAGUCCCUGCCAUUCACCCAGUGAUGAAAAUUCCAAUCAGAAUGCAAUCUCAACUGAAAACCUUGAUGAGAGGGAUGGUUGGGUUAAAUCUGUAGAAGAAUUGUUACUUAGGUUUAGUUUGUCCUUUUUACAUUUGUGGAAUAUAGAUAGCGAGCUUGAUAAAUUGCUAAUGAUGGACAUGAAACUAAAGAGACCAGAGAAUUUUAUUUUAGCUUCUGGUUUGCAAGGGGACAAAGGGUCUUUGACACUAGCAUUUCCUGGACUGAGCGCAAAUCUUGAGCUGUGGAAAUCAUCCUCUGAAUUUUGUGCCAUGAGAUCGUUGAUGAUGGUGUCCAUUGCCCAACGCAUGAUUAGCUUGUCGCCCUCCAAUUCAGCAGCUAGCAGGGCUUUGGCAGCUUUUUAUACUCGGAAUAUUACUGAUCAAAUUCCAGAUAUUAAACCACCAUUGCUCCAGCUUUUGGUGAGUUUCUGGCAAGAUGAGAGUGAAUAUGUUCGUAUGGCUGCACGCACUUUAUUUCAUUGUGCUGCUUCACGGGCCAUUCCAUCCCCUCUCUGUAGUCAGAGAGCAAGUGAUCAUGCAAAACUUGUGAGAUCUCUAAGUGAAGUUGGAGAAAAUGAAGGUGAAGCUUCAGAAGUUGGAGAAAUAUCUGCCAAUGUUUUAUCUUCUGACAUGGCACCGAAAUCACAAGAAAUUUCUAAAGCUGAAGAACCUUAUUACGAAUCACCUGAAAAACACCAAAUCACCGAGGCAGAAAAAUCUAAAAUACUUGCAUGGUUGGAGUCAUUUGAAGUACCAGACUGGAUUUCAUGUGUCGGAGGGACAAGUCAAGAUGCCAUGACUUCCCAUAUUAUUGUUGCUGCAGCAUUGGGUAUAUGGUAUCCCAGUCUUGUGAAACCAAGUCUUGCCGUGCUGGUAGUUCAUCCUUUAAUCAAGUUGGUUAUGGCCAUGAAUGGAAAGUACAGUUCCACUGCUGCUGAGCUCCUUGCUGAAGGUAUGGAGGAUACAUGGAAAGCCUGUCUUGGCCCUGAGAUAUCUCGCCUGAUUGCCGAUAUAUUCUUCCAAAUAGAGUGUGUUAGCAGUCCAUCUGCUAUCUCAGCUGGACCCGAUCCAGCUGUACCAUCUUCCAUUCGAGAAACUUUGAUUGGUGUUCUUCUUCCAAGUUUAGCAAUGGCUGACAUUCUAGGUUUUUUAACUGUAAUAGAAAGACAAAUUUGGUCUACUGCUUCUGAUUCACCUGUUCAUUUGGUAUCUUUGACAACUCUUAUCAGGGUCGUGCAUGGUUCUCCAAGAUGCUUAGCCCAGUACCUUGACAAGGUGGUUAGCUUCAUAUUACACACCAUGGACCCUGGCAACUCAGUCAUGCGCAAAACUUGCCUUCAGAGUUCAAUGACAGCCUUAAAGGAAGUUGUACGAGUAUUUCCUAUGGUAGCCUUGAAUGACACAUCUACCAGAUUGGCUGUCGGCGAUGCAGUUGGGGAGGUUAAUGAUGCUAGCAUUUCAGUAUAUGACAUGCAAAGUAUCACAAAAAUAAAGGUUUUGGAUGCAAGUGGACCUCCUGGACUUCCAACUCUGCUUUCGGGAGCAUCAGAAACAGCAGUGACCACAGUGAUUUCAGCUUUGAGCUUUUCCCCUGAUGGAGAUGGGCUGGUAGCUUUUUCUGAGCAUGGUUUGAUGAUUAGAUGGUGGUCAUUGGGAUCUGUAUGGUGGGAGAAACUGAGCAGAAACCUUGUUCCUGUCCAGUGUACCAAACUUAUAUUUGUUCCUCCAUGGGAAGGAUUCUCUCCCAAUUUUUCUAGGUCUAGUGUAAUGAUAAACAUAAUGGGGCACGAUAGGCAGACCAAUUUACAGGAGAAUACUAGGGGUUCAAAUCAUGCUGACAAUCUGAAGAUGGUAGUUCAUAAUCUUGAUCUCUCGUACCGCCUAGAAUGGGUUAGUAAACGUAAGGUUCUUCUUUCUAGGCAUGGCAUGGAGUUGGGCACUUUCCCAUUAUAAGAAGCAGAAAAGAAGCCGCAGCAGCAUGAGCUUCAAGAAGCAUGCAGUGAGGCAUAUAUUCUCAUGGCUUCCACAAGGUUUUUCCAUCUCUCGCACAAGUUCUACAUUGAUAGAAUUUCCCAUAGAUAGACAGGAUCUCAUUGUCUACGAUCUCUGAGAUCUCCUUAGCGUCUCACUAUAUUUCCAGUUUUUUGUUUGCAAAUGAGAAGACAAACUUGAGGCAUAUUAUUUUCAUACAUGACUUUUGGGUCAGUGCAGUGGGGUUGAAAAUGAUGGGGACAUACGGAAUUUUGCAGUCAUAAAUAUUUUCAUUUUUGCUCGGGAAGAUUGCUUUUGUAUAUAACAAGUCUUGAAAAUAGCUGGUCGAAAUCAAUGAGAUAAUGUAUAUACUACUAGUGGAUAGUGUCCCCAUUUUUAAGUGCUCUUUCCAGGUUCUUUCUUACUGAUUAUGUAACUAAUUAUCAGUCAGUUUUUGUUUUUAUGACCUUGUACGGCAAUAGUCAUUUUGUAAAAUUGGUUCUGUUUCUUGAUGUUCUUUCAAGUAUUCGACCAGAUUCUAGUAA